UGCAGAUUCCUUACGCCGACCUCGACUGGAACUCUUUAUUGGCAGCAGCAGAUUCGCCACGGUUGUUGACCAAUACAUGGAAUCUCAAUGAACACGGAGACCACUCCGGAUGUUGGUAGGCUGGGCAUCUAAGCCAGGUGGAAGAUUCACUGGGAAGAUGUGACAAGACGGAAGCAUGGUACCUGAGCACAGAUUGGCCCAAUGUUUCUGCUCCUGGAGUUCUCACCGAUUGGCCCAUUGUUUCCGCGCCUGGAGUUCUGGGAUUACAGCUGUGCACCAAGACGCCAGGAAGCUGAUACUCCUCUCCUGCCUGAGAACUCUAUUCUGUAUCUUUCCUAGAAAGGACGCCAUGUGCACGCCGCAUUCAGCAGCCUGGUUUCAAGGUGCAUUCAUGGUGCAGGGGAGUCGGGGCUCCGUGCACUUUCUCUCGCGCGUGUAUGGACAUAUAACUGGGUAGCCAGCAAGAUUGCUAGCUCAGUGGUAGAGGCCCAUGUUGCCAAGCUCUACCAACUGCUGCUCAUGCCCAGCUGAACGGUUGUUAUUUGCUACGCAAUUAAAAAAAAAAAAUACCCUUCAAGAGCGACCCGGAUUUCCCCUCUCUUGCCAUGCAAAUUCGAUAGCUGGAAAGCUCAAGUUUGCAAAGUAAAAAUCUUGUGAGCCUUUUUUUUUUUUUUAAAUACCAUCUUUCCAUGACCACCCUGGGAAGUCCGCCCCCGUCUCCAUGGAAACCAGGCUUCUCACGCGCCCGUCACCAAGGGCGGAGCUACGGGAGGCUCCUCCCUCACGGACUACCAGGCCUUGAGUGCUUCUCGGUGCCCCUUCCUCCCUGCUUCGCUUCCCACAGUCCCCUGUGCGUGUCCCUCACUUUUGGCGCACGAGUGUGGGGCUGCGCGCGUCUUUCCAUGGUUCGGUGCUACCCGCUACUCGGCGAAAUACCCCACAGCCACCUAGACUGCGCACGGCGUGGACUCGGCCCAGUGCAAAGUUUCCCUGAACCAGGGCCAGUGGACGCGUAGGUGACAGAAGCCUCGGAGGUCGCCGAAGUCCAGGAUACCAUGGAGGACCCCCCUGUGCGGGAGGAGGAGGAUGGCGAGGAAGACGAGGGCGUCCUGGCCAAGAGCCCCCUGCAGCUAACCACCGACGACGUGUACGACAUCUCCUAUGUGGUGGGCCGCGAGCUGAUGGCCCUGGGCAGCGACCCCCGCGUCACCCGGCUGCAGUUUAAGAUCGUACGUGUGAUGGAGAUGCUGGAGGCCCUGGUGAACGAGGGCAGCCUGGCAGUCGAGGAGCUGAGGAUGGAGAGAGACAACCUCAAGCAGGAGGUGGAGGGGUUGCGGAGAGCCGGUGUGUCCGGAGCCCAGAUGAACUUGGGACCAGACAAAAUGGUAGUGGAUCUGACAGACCCCAACCGGCCCCGUUUCACUCUGCAAGAACUGAGGGAUGUGCUGCAGGAGCGGAACAAGCUCAAGUCACAGCUGCUGCUGGUGCAGGAGGAGCUGCAGUGCUAUAGGAGUGGUCUACUUCCACCCAGAGAAACUGCAGGAGGAAGAAGAGAGAAGGAUGCUGUGGUUACCAUGGGCAACGGCGAGAAGGAGGAGAGGACCAUUAUGAAGAAGCUGUUCUCUUUCCGGUCAGGGAAGCAUACCUAGAUUGAAGGUCAUCGCCAAGAUGGUGACCCUCUUGAUUUGCAAAGACAAUUGCCAAUAUGCCUUCUGGAACCAUCUUUCUGUGCCAUGAAUGUGCUUCGCCCUCAGAGAAGUCAAAGGAAGAUGCUCUCCAGGCUCACCUCUUCCCUGGGGACAGAACUGGACAGCUAGUAAGCUUUGGCCUUGGCAAGCGAGGCAGUGUCAAAAACAAUGCAAAGGAACACAGAGCGUAGCUGAACCCUGCCUCCACACAUGGACACAUGCAGGCCUCUGGCCUGCAGCCUGUUCUUGCCUCUGUGGUGAUCUGGUCAUUAGCAUGAGGCAGGGAGAGAUGGAGAAGUAGGGAAAUAUUGAAUCGCCUUGAUUGAUACUUGGUGAAUACUUGAGUUUUCUCAUUCAACUUUCUUUAUAUUAAAGUGAAAAGACUUUUAUAGUUUCUAGUACUGUUUCAGACUGGUCUCUUUUAAAGAGUUAAGUUUUAAGAUGGUGUAUAUGCCUGUGGG